UAGCUGCUUUAACGUAUGAACAGAUGGCGCUAAGAAUGAGCAGCUGUUGGUAAUAGUGUUUCAGUGCUUUCAAUAAACGUCAAUUGGAACGGAUUUAACAAAUUUAGGCAACAAUCGUUCUUUCUCACAUUGUUCGUCGUAAGGUGCAGACAUGGCGUCGAAAGUGUCUCGCGAUACACUCUAUGAGUCGGUUAACGCAGUUUUGGAAUUCUCCCAAAAGAAGAAGCGUGGAUUUUUGGAGACAUGUGAACUACAAAUUGGUCUUAAAAACUACGAUCCUCAAAAGGAUAAGCGUUUCUCCGGCACUGUCAAAUUGAAGCAUAUCCCACGUCCCAAGAUGAAGGUGUGCAUUCUCGGUGACCAACAGCAUUGUGACGAAGCUAAAGCUAAUGGUGUGGAAUGUAUGGAUGCAGAGGCUUUGAAAAAACUGAAUAAGAACAAAAAAUUAGUGAAAAAACUAGCAAAGUCCUACGAUGCAUUUUUGGCUUCAGAAUCACUGAUUAAGCAAAUUCCUCGUUUGUUGGGUCCAGGUUUGAAUAAGGCCGGUAAAUUCCCUGGUCUGUUGUCGCAUACAGAGUCCAUGAUGGCUAAAAUUGAAGAAGUGAAAUCAACCAUCAAGUUCCAAAUGAAAAAAGUAUUGUGCUUAUCCGUCGCUGUUGGUCAUGUGGAUAUGAAGCCCGAUGAGCUGGUGCAGAAUAUUCAUUUGUCAAUUAAUUUCUUGGUUUCGCUUUUGAAGAAAAAUUGGCAAAAUGUGCGUUCGUUGCACAUCAAGUCGUCUAUGGGACCACCACAACGUUUGUACUAAUGAAAAAUUUUUAUGUACGCCAUAUAUAUUUCUUUGGAAAUAAAUGUGUAAAGUAAA